AUGGAAAAAACAGUUAGUACCUCUCACAAGGAUUGGUCUUUGAGAUUAGAUGAAGCUCUUAGGGUUUAUAAAACUGCGUUUAAAAGACCCAAAGGGACUUCUCCAUACAAGUUGUUAUUUGGAAAGUCAGGUCAUUUACCUGUUGAAAUAGAAUAUAAAGCAUAUUGUAAAAUUAAGUUGCUUAAUCUUGAUCUUAGUCUUGUUGGUGAGAAAAGGUAUUCGCAGAUGAACGAGUUGGAAGAAUUCAGAAGGGAUGCAUAUAAGAAUUCGCGAAUCUUUAAGGAGGAGACAAAACGCUGGCAUGAUCGUUUGAUUAAGCCAAAGGAGUUCCAUGAAGGGGAUAAAGUCCUUUUAUGCAAUAGUAGACUACGACAUUUCACCGGAAAAAUUAAGUCAGGAUGGACAAGAUCAGUUGUGGUGAAAUUUGUGGUGAAACAUGUAUCUCCGUAUGGGGCGAUUGAAAUUCAGAACUUAGAAGAGGCAAAGAAUUUCAAGACUUGCAGUGUUCCGGAGAAGAAAUCUGAUAUCACCCCUAAGGCUGAAGCACAACUUCGACCUAACAAAAUGUCUGUCGACAAGGAGGUGGUGGAGGUAGAAAAUUCAGGACAGUUAUACAGCGAGUAA